AUGAAAAUGGAAGAGGUACUCUAAUUUUCUUUUAAAGUGCAUUUCAUCGUAACGAAAAGAAAAUCCUCUGACCCUCAUCCCCAUCUCCCUCUCCUGGCGAAAAAUUAAUGGCUGGUGCCUUUUGCUUUCGCUCGGACACAACUGUCUGCUCUUUUAGACUUCUAUGAUACUGCUACAAGUAGCACUGGCCAUUGCAGCUAUAUCUGUCUAUUGAACUAGCUGGAAUUUUCUCUGCCGCUGAGGGGUGAUCCAAAAGUCAUCACAUGAGAGGUCAUUUCCAGCUUUGCUAAGCAAUUGUAGCCUAAAUACUCCAGGCACGGCCUGUUAGGCACAGUACUCCUAAGCAGAGUCCCUUAAGGUUGGGCAGUUAAGGGGUUUGCUGGCUAAAAGUCGAAGUAUCGAUAUUACUAUAAGAUAAGUAGGUUGAAGAACUUACUCCUUUUUGUCUGUUUUAAUGACUUAUUAAAAUAUAUUAAAAUAUGUUCACCAGUGGGAGGAAGAGAAAUUUAAACAAGCAGUCGUGAAAGGGAUAAGAGACUACUGUUAUGAGGAUAAAUGCAGUUACAAAUCAAGGUAUUGCAGACAUUUUUGUGGAAAUGAAAUGAUUUCCAUUUUGGUAUAUUAUCGUUGUAGUUUGAAAUUUUCUUGCUGUAUAGUGAUAUUUAUGGAAACCCAACAUGGGAAGGUAUGUCCACCGGAGCGAAAACACCAUUCAUGAUUAGAAAAGAGGAAGAAUUAAAGAUAUUUUCCGUAUUGACGAAAGUGAUUACCUCACUUGACAAAGGGGCAGGGGGAACCCAACACAGUGACCAUGUGUACUUGACUGUUCUGACUCAGUGCACCUGAAUGUGGAACUUGAAGAUACAGCAGUGUGACACCAUCACAUGACCAUUUUUAGCCAAAGACUUGUAAAACAUCGUGAUAUCCUUUCCUUCUCGACAGAAACACAACCAUUGCAGAGCAGUUAUGCAGCAUCUUUCCAAAUGGGUCCAAAGCCAGUUCAGCUCAGAUCAGAGUUCUAAAGCAACCCGGAGGGUCUUCAGUUCUGAAUAAUACUGAAGUGGUUUUUUCACUUAUUCUUCAAACCCAAUCCAAUUCAUCCCGUAUGGUAAUUAAAAACAGCACUUUGGAUUAUAUUGUACAAAAGAGUGUCUACUAUAUCAGCAAACAUUUAGGUGGUUACAAGGUUAUAUAUGUAAAUUGUAACCCUCCAUCAUUCGAAAAAUUUUGUAAUUAUACGGAACCCCCUAGGGAUAUCGAUGAAAAGGAGGUUACGGUAACAGCAGGAACAAUCGCAAGUGGAAUCUUUAAUGAAAUUGUUAUCGUUAUCGUCAUCGUUAUCGUCAUCGUUAUUGUCAUCGUU